AUGCGGACUUUGUUUAUAACGUGAGGAAGGGGGACAAUGUGGAGACAUCUCACCUCACUUCGCUUUUUCAAGGCUUGCAGCAGUCCGUUUCUCUCGCUCUGUAUCAUUAGGUUGUCUGCGGUAAAUUUGGAGUGGAAUAACUCAUCUUCGGGAAUCACUAUCAACAAAAGAGUGUCUGCUUGCCAACGUUAGAAACUGCUGAGACGAUCCACAUACAGAUCCACAGACAGAUCCACAGACAGAUCCACAGACAGAUCCACAGACAGAUCCACAGACAGAACCACAGGGUGAUGUGACAGCGACGACCACCUGUUCUCACUAAUAACGAUGAAGAUGAGGAUCCUGGGGCCAGAGAGGUUCUGUGUUCUGCUGGGUGUGUCCCUCCAACUGCUGCUGUUGCUACCAGACACCUCCUCUACCGCUGCAACCUGGAGCCAGAGUGGACCCCGCCUGCAACUCUCACACACAGAGUUGCAUUGGAGGAACAGUUCCAGUGUCUUCUGGGACAGAGGUGUGAGUGGGGGUUACCAGGCCCUGCUGCUGGAUGAGGACCGUGGCUGGCUGCUGGUGGGAGGAAGAGACCACGUCUACCUGCUGCACUCUAACAGUCUGGAUCUUCCUACACGCACGAUCUACUGGCCAGCUGCGACAGAACACGUUGAGCACUGCAGGCUGGCAGGGAAGAACCUUUCGACUGACUGUGCCAACUACGUGCGUCUCCUCCAGCCCUUCAAUAAGACUCAUGUGUACGUCUGUGGCACCGGGGCCUACCACCCACAAUGCACCUACAUAGACCUGGGACGCAGUAUUGAGGAGCCAUCGUUCCGCCUGCUGAGCCAUGCUGUGGAGUCUGGCCGGGGGAAAUGUCCCUUUAGUCCACGGGAACCCUUCACCGCCAGGCUCACCGAUGGAGAUUUGUAUGCCGGGACAUCCGUGGAUUUCAUGGGCACCAACACAGCUAUAUUCCGUACCUCUGUGCACAGCAGCAAACAACACUAUAUACGCACUGAGGCCUACCAGGACCACUGGCUCAAUGAGCCAGAGUUUGUGGGUUCCUUCUCUAUCCCAGACACACACAGUGUGGACGAUGACAAAGUCUAUAUCUUCUUCAAGGAGACAGCUGUAGAGUCCAGCCAGUGGGACAAGAGGGUUUACAACAGAGUGGCACGCGUCUGCAAGAAUGACGUCGGAGGGAAGAGGAGUCUGAUUAACCGCUGGAGUACCUUCCUCAAGGCCCGUCUGGUGUGUUCUGUACCAGGACCAGCUGGACUGGACACACAAUUUGACGAACUAGAGGACGUCUUCAUGCUGGAGACCAAAGACUCCCAGAACCCCAUCAUCUAUGGAGUGUUCUCCACCUCCAGUUCUGUAUUCAGAGGGUCAGCAGUGUGUGUCUACUCCAUGGCCUCUAUCAGGGCAGCCUUCAAUGGUCCGUUCGCCCACAAGGAAGGGCCCGACUACCGCUGGGUGGAGUACAAGGGGAGGAUCCCAUAUCCACGACCUGGCACUUGUCCCAGUGUGACCUACGACCCCCUCCACAAGUCUACCCGUGACUUCCCUGAUGACGUAGUGAGUUUCAUGAGGGGUCAUCAUCUGAUGUGGGAACCCAUCCUACCGGUCACCCGUCGCCCGGUCUUUACCCUGGUCAACGUAUCCUACACCCUGAGAAAGUUAGUGGUGGAUAGGGUGGACGCUGCGGAUGGACAGUAUGAUGUACUACACCUGGGCACAGAUGAUGGCCAGGUGCUGAAAGUGGUGUCUAUUCCUAAAGAGAACAGGGAACCUGAGGAGAUCAUUCUGGAGCAGCUGACUGUGUUUCAGAAUCACGCCCCUAUCCUUAGCAUGGAGCUGUCUACCAAACGGCAACAGCUGUAUGUGAGCAGUGAUGAGGGAGUGGCCCAGUUACCCCUGCAGAGGUGUGAGCUGUAUGGUAAAGACUGUGCUGACUGCUGUCUGGCCAGAGACCCUUACUGUGUCUGGGACGGGAACACAUGCAACCGAUACUUUCCCAGCAACAAGAGGCGAGCUCGGCGCCAGGAUGUGAAACAUGGGGAUUCAAUGAGCCAGUGUCACAAUGCAGAAGAUGGUUCUGAGUCAGUGGAGCUGAAAGUGAUCUAUGGGGUGCAGAGCAGCUCAACCUUCCUAGAGUGUAUGCCCAGAUCCCAACAGGCUACAGUCAAGUGGACAGUUCAGUCGUCACACACUCGCACUAGCAGAGAGCUGCUCCAGAGCGAGGAUCGUAUGGUCCACAUGAAGCGAGGUCUCCUGGUGCAGCGGCUGGAGCCAGGGGACGCUGGCCUCUACACCUGUACCACCCUGGAGCACUCCUUCUCCCAGGUCCAGGCCCGCUACAACCUCCAGGUUAUACCCCAGCAGAGCAUGACAGCAUCCCAGGCCAGGGCAUCUGAUCCUGGGGCCGGAGGGGCAGGGCUGAGAGGGGGCCCUGGAGGUCCUGGGAGCCACACCCAGAGACACACCAAGCUCCUCAGGAACUAUAAGGACCUGCACAUGGUGGGCAUGGCUAGCAUGAGCGCAACUGAGUACUGUGAGCAGCUGUGGUACCGGGAGAAGAAGAAGCUACGCCAGUUGAAGUGGAAACAGACCCAGGUGGACAACGGCAAGGCCAGGGUGCGACGGCACGACUCCACCCCACUACAAUGACCGGAUGGGGAUGGGGAUGGGGAUGGGGUUGGGGAUGGGGAUGGACAGAGAUGUGGGAUGGGGAUAGGGAUUGGGCUGGGGAUGGGGAUGGGGAUGGACAGAGAUGUGGGCUGCGUCCCAGUUCUCCGCGGUUUCUCCUGAUAUGUGCACUUUCACGCAUGGAUAUAACAAUGGUAUAAAAACUCCAUCCAGCCAAUGCUUACAUCGAGCCUAUGCCUUGAAAUCCAUGACAGGUAGUGUGCAAGUGCACACUUCUGGACAAGGGUGGAGAAUCAGAAAGUAGCCUUGGAGAUAAAGAGAAUGUAUGAACACACAGUAAUACAGCCUUUAUUUGAACAGACAAAACAUUAAGAACACCUUCCUAAUAUUGAGUUGCACCCCCCACCCCACCCCCCCUCUUUUCCCUC